AUGUCUCCAACUGCUAAACUUAAAAGGACAUUCUCCCUACUGGUUGGUUCGGAUAUAACUAUAAAAUUUCUCUUACCUAAUGGGAUUAUAAUACCACUUACAGUGAAUUCAGAAUCAACAUUAGAAGAAAUCAAAGUACAGCUUUGGAUUUCCGCAGCAAAAUUACCAUUAUUUGAUAUAUUACAAUCAAAGAAUGACUACAUAUUUGUUGGUGUUAACCGAGAAACUGGUGACGAAGAAGAGUUUUAUGAUAUAAAUCGUCGACUUCAUGAAAUUCCACUUCUUUUACCUUACUUACGUGUUACUGAAAUUGCAAGAGAUACUACCCUAUUAAAAAUCAGUAAUCAAAAUGCUGCGAUCUCCAGUUGUACAGGUAUACCACAUACAGAUAUCAUACGUGCUUGUAGAACAAACCCUGAAGUAAAAUGGGCACGAUUACGUUUAUUACGUGUAGCUAAUAUGCAUACAAAAGCAUUGAAUCAAACCGGAUCAGAUGGCUUGAUCCGUUACUUAACUUCAGCUAGUAAACGUGAGUUAAGCCAGUCAUUAAAAGUUCUUCUCCAAAAGCAAACACAUCUUACAAUAACAGCAUGGGUAUUAGAUGGUAAAGACCCACCGGAAAAAUGUCGUGUUGUCCUCGAAUUGGAUAAGAAAGCUACUGUAUUUAACGCUCUAAAUGAAAUUUUGCAUGCUCAAGCUGAACUGGCUAGACAAGAUUUUCAAGUUAAAAUGAGUUAUGGUCUCCCAGAUGCAUCAAAUUAUUUACUGAAAGUUUGUUGUUCACAAGCUUAUCUAUUCGAUUUGGAUGAAUUACUCAUUCAAUAUGAAUAUAUACAACAAUCUAUUGAACAUCAUCAACAUCCUUGUUUAAGUCCAAUUUUAAAGAACGACAUUAAACAAAGUUUGCAUAACUGUCUUAAUGAAUAUAAUAAAAAUCCUAUCUAUCAACUGAAUCAUAACAAUGAUAGUUCGAUAAUCUCUUCAAAAUCCACCCUAAAUACCUAUGCCAAUAACUUUGAUAAAAACAACAAUGACUCAAUUGAUUUAUAUCAACAGUUAGAAAAUUUUUUAAUCAAUCAUGAUAAAUUUGAUAAAUGUGAGACUGAUGAAUGCAUAAGCAACAUUGACGACAAUUUUAUCGACUGUCGAUCAUCUGUUGAUUUCAACAAAGACGAUGAUACAUCAGCUUUUGACGAUAUUGAUAGUGCUCACACAGUCCUCUUAUCUGAAAACUGUUCUUCAAAAAAUGCUGAAGGUAUUCAAAAGAAUUUAACAUCUCCAUUUACACUCACUUCUGACCGUCAACAAAAUGUAUCUCUUUGGGAAUUAAGUGGAUUUUUAAGUAUACAAGUUUGUUCAGCACAGUUUCUUGUCGAAAAUAUUACAAAUUUAAAUUCUUCUUCCACAACCUCCCUCUCUUUAUCAACAAUUUCAUUUUCGUCCUCUUCAGUACAUCAGUCAAAUCCUAACUUAAAUGUUGUACAGCAUACAAGCGUACAUGGUGGAGCUGCUUUGGAUGGAAGUUAUGUUGUACGAGUGGGAAUAUUUCAUGGUAGUCAGUUUUUAAUUGAAUGUCAAACAACUAAAGAAAGACCGGGAAACUACUUAACAUGGCGUGAAUGGCUUAAUUUUCACAUUCUUUUAGCUGAUCUACCUAUUGCUACGCGCAUCUGUGUAGCGCUUAUACGAAUCAGGAAAAUUGUGGAUCGAAAAAACGUGAGAUUUUGUGAAUACCUAUAUGGCUGGGGUAAUGUCAAUUUAUUUGAUCACAAUGGUUUCAUGAUCACUGGUGAAAUUACUUUAAAUUUAUGGCCACCCUCUUUGGUUCAGACGGCAGAUGAAAGUCUUCAUCCUUGUGGUACUGUACUUGGUAACCCCAAUCCUGAAUUCUCAAUACAGAUCAAAAUUCAUAACCCAACUCAAGGUCGUAUUCGUCGACCAACAGUGAAUUGUUUUAUCAAUGCAUAUCAUACAAAAAAAUUUCAUUCCUCUUCAUCCCAAUCCUAUUCAGAUAGUCAUUCAUUAAAAUCACGGAAUGAUGAUCAUGCUAAGAGUGCAAAAGUGGAUUAUUCAUUUUGCACAAGUGAAAUAGGUGAUGUGGAUGCUUGUCUAUGCAUAGAGUCAAAUAAUAAUUUAACAACGAUUCAUAAUAAUACUUAUAAAGGAGAUAAACCAUUAGAAUUUGUUUCUAAUAAAUCUUUUCAGAAUAACACUAUUACUUCAUCAGUAACAAAUUUAACUAAUAAAAUAUUAGAAUCAAGAUUACGUGAAAUAGUUAAUCGUGAUCCAUUAUAUGAAUUAUGUGAACAAGAAAAAGAUUAUUUAUGGCGUGGUCGUUAUUGGUGUUUAAAUAAUUUACCUUCAGCAUUACCAUGGAUAUGUCAAAUUGUUAAUUGGUGUGGUCGUGAUACAUUAGCAGAAUUCUACACUCUUAUACAUCAGUGGCCACAACCAUUUAGUGUUGACAUAGCUUUACGUUUACUUGGUGCAUUCGAUUUAACACGAAGUAAUUCAAAUCUUAUUGAUUUACCCAAUGGAAUAAAAGUUGGAGCAAGUGGAAUAGCUGAUUUAUAUAUACGCGAAUUAGCUGUAAAUAGUUUGUAUAAUCUUAGUGAUGCUGAAUUGAGUGAUUAUCUGUUACAACUGGUUCAGGCUCUUAAAGCUGAAACCUAUUUGGACAAUGCAUUAACUCGUUUUAUCUUAUAUCGUGCUUUAAAAAAUCCUCUGCAAAUUGGUUUACGAUUGUUUUGGCAUUUACGUUCUGAACUUCAUUUGCCAGAUAUACGCCUUCGAUUCAGUCUAAUAUUAGAAGCAUUUUGUCGAGGUUGUGGACCAAUGUUAGUAUUACUUUCUCGUCAGGUAACCGCUCUCAAUCGUUUAGAAGCGUUAAGUGCACGUUUAAAAGAAUUAACUAGCGAGGAUGAACAACGUGAACUAUUCCGUGAAGAGAUGUCUCGAACAGAAACCCAACAUGAUCUUCAAUGGUUACCAUCUCCGUUAUGUUUAAGUGAAAUCUUAGGUGAAUUAUUAAUUCAUAAAUGUGAUGUUAAGCGAUCUAAAAAAAGACCCUUAUGGCUUGUAUGGACAAAUCCUGAUAGACUGGCACAAUUUCAUCAUCAAAACUAUCAACUGAUUUUUAAACAUGGUGAUGAUCUCCGUCAAGAUAUGCUGACACUUCAGUUACUCAAGUUAAUGGACCGUAUAUGGAAAGAAGAAGGUAUGGAUAUGUGCUUAACAUCAUAUGGUUGUUUUGCAACAGGAUAUGAAAUGGGAAUUAUUGAAGCAGUACGUGAUUCACGUACUGUAAUGUCUAUACAAGGUGAACGUUUACGUUCUGCUUUACAAAUUGAUUCAUCACAGUUAUAUAAAUGGUUAAUGCAACAUGCUAAACAAAAGGCAAGACAGUUAAAUCAUUCACCAUUAGGUGAUAAUUCUGCAUAUGAACGAAUGAUACGUACAUUUACUAUGUCAUGUGCUGGUUAUUGUGUUGCUACAUUUAUUUUAGGAAUUCGUGAUAGACAUCCAGAUAAUAUAAUGGUUGAUUCAACUGGGCGAUUGUUUCAUAUUGAUUUUGGGCACAUUUUAGAUAAUCGUAAGAAGAAGUUUGGUUUUACUCGUGAACGUGUACCAUUUGUUUUGACAAAAGAUUUUAUUACAGUAAUUGCACGUGGUAAUCCUGAUGCUGGUACAAUAUCAACCACAACUAAUACUCCACCAUCAGUCAUCCAUAAUACUAUCGGAGGAAUAUAUGGUAAUACGUAUUUUCAAGAAUUCACUGACUUAUGUGGUAAAGCUUACCUUCUGUUACGCAAACAUUCAAAUCUCAUAUUAACAUUAUUAGCUAUGAUGUUACCUUCUGGAUUACCCGAACUAACUUCAGUGUGUGAUUUGGAACAUGUAAGAAAGACUUUAGCUGUCGAAAUUGAUAAUGAACAAGAAGCACUUGCCUAUUUUCAUCAUAAAUUUAAUGAAGCCUAUUCUGGUGCAUGGACAACAAAAAUUGAUUGGUUUUCACAUUGGAUGAAUACAUAAAUGACUGCACAAAAUAUUAG